CCUCGCAAAGCCCACUGGGAGUUGUAGUUUGUUGGGAGGCGAGGUCGUCGUGCCCGGCUGCCUUGGCUUGCGGUUGCUAUGGCGACCCCGGCCGGGCCGGGGUGUGAACACGUGGGGUGGGGAAGCCCGAGCAACCCUUCCCCGGCCCGGGAGAGAAGCAAAAUCGAGGCCCCGGCUCCAGGCGUAGCGCUAGGCCGCAGAUCCCGGGCAGGGCGGGUAUUUAAGCGCCCCUUGGCGGAGGUGGCCCCGCGUUUCCCCCUGGGCAGGGGAGACCCGGUCCGCGCUCUGGGCGGAGCCAUGUCGGCGGCGGCCUGGCUCCGGCUCUUGCUGCUGCUGGCCGGCGCCUCCUGCUGCUUGGGCGGGCUCCGCAUCUACCUGAGCAGCUGGGCGGUGAGGGUGCCCGCGGGGGCCCGGGAGGCCGAGCGCCUGGCCCGCAAGCACGGGCUGCUCUGCCUGGGGCAGAUAAUUGAAGGGGAACACUAUUACCAUUUCAAACACCGAGGCAUGGUGCAGGAAUCCCUGAACAGACACUGGGGCUGGCAUGUGUAUCUGAAAAGAGAGCCCAAGGUCCACUGGUUUGAGCAGCAAACACUGAAGAGGCGUGUGAAAAGAACCAUUGCUGUCGUGCCAACAGAUCCUUGGUUCCAUAAACAGUGGUACAUGAACAACGACGUCCAUCCAGACCUGAAUAUCCUCACGGCUUGGAGCAAGGGGUACACCGGCUUGGGCGUGGUGCUCUCCAUCCUGGAUGACGGACUGGAGAGAGACCACCCCGAUCUGUCUGCUAACUACGAUCCCCUUGCGAGUUAUGACUUCAAUAGUAAUGAUCCCGACCCACAGCCUCGUUACAAUGUCUGGGAUGAGAAUCGGCAUGGGACACGCUGCGCAGGAGAGGUGGCAGCUACAGCCAACAACAGACUCUGUGGAGUCGGUGUUGCCUACAAUGCAAAAAUUGGAGGUGUGAGGAUGCUCGAUGGUCCCAUCACUGACAUCGUGGAGGCUCAAUCCUUGAGUUUCCGCCCCCAACACAUUCACAUCUACAGCGCUAGCUGGGGCCCAGAGGAUGAUGGUAAAACUGUGGAUGGGCCUGGAAUCCUGGCCCUGGAAGCUUUCUACAAGGGGACAGCAAGUGGGCGCGGCGGCCUGGGUUCUCUCUUCGUCUGGGCCUCUGGCAACGGCGGCAUCCACUCCGACAACUGUAACUGCGACGGGUACACCAACAGCAUCUACACCCUGUCGGUGGGCAGCGCGACCGAGAGUGGCCAGGUGCCCUGGUAUAGCGAGGCCUGCGCCUCCACCCUCACCACCACCUACAGCAGCGGCACCAAGAGCGAGAAGCAGAUCGUGACAACUGAUCUGCGGCAUCGCUGCACCGACAAGCACACGGGCACCUCAGCCUCUGCCCCCAUGGCUGCAGGGAUGAUCGCGCUCGCUCUGGAAGCCAACCCAGCACUGACCUGGCGCGACAUGCAGCAUCUCGUGAUGAGAGCCUCCAAACCAGCCCAUCUGCAGGCAGAAGACUGGGCCCUGAACGGAGUUGGACGCAAAGUGAGCCACCAUUAUGGCUAUGGACUCCUGGAUGCUGGUGACCUGGUGGACCUGGCCAAGAAGUGGACUACAACCAGGCCCCAGAGGAAGUGUUCAGUCAAGGUUGUCUAUGCACCCCUGAGGAUAGGCUCAAAACUCACAGUCAGCAAAAAAGUCACCACCUGCAUCGGGAGGACCAGGCAUAUCCGCUCCCUGGAGCAUGUCCAGGUCCGCAUCUCUCUCAGCUACAGCAGGAGAGGGGAUCUGGCCAUCUCUCUGACCAGCCCAAUGGGAACCAAGUCCACCCUGGUGGCCAUCAGGCCAUACGACACCAGCAACCAGGGCUACAGGGAUUGGUCCUUCAUGUCCACGCACUUCUGGGACGAGGACCCACAAGGCACCUGGACGCUCUUCCUAGAGAACAAGGGAGAUGCCUACAACACAGGGUUCCUCACCAGCUUCAUCCUGCAGCUCUACGGAACGGACGAGGACAUGACGGCCAGGCAGGUAGCAGCCUCCGUUGUGAGCGAGUGCGUUAGGCGGGACUCCGAGGGAACGUGCGAGGAAUGCAGCAGCCCCUUCUAUGCGUUCCAGCACCUCUGUCUAUCCUACUGCCCUCCCCACUCUUACAACCGAUCCAGGAGGUCUCCCCGCCUGGAUGGGAGCCCACAUCCUGUCCAGGUCUGUGCCACCUGCCACCCGUCCUGCUACACGUGCCAUGGGGACACUGCCAACAACUGCACCGCUUGCCCCCCCUUCUGCACCUUCCACGAGCUCUCCCACUCCUGCUCCCCACCAGCAUACCCCUCCCUCUUCCCUAGCAAGCCUGCAGAGGGGCAGCACAUCGUCUUCCUUGUCCUGAUGAUCCUGCUGGGCGGGGGCCCUCUCCUCGUGGGCAUCCUCUGCAUCACCUGCCAUGGGAUGUCCCUCACCACCUCCUGGAGGCAGCGGAAGGGGCGCUGCGCUCUGCCCACAGCUGCUGGCGUGGCAGGGGGAAAUGAGACUGGGACCAGUGCUAACAUGAGAGGGGCUGCGUGCUUAAAUGAGCCAGGGCAGCUGCAGACUCCUGGGCCACCAGUGGAGGGCAGCACUGGCCACGUAGCCCAGACACUUCCUGCAGGCCAUGCUGCUUCCAGACUUAGAACCUGAGACCGCCCCUCCCCCCCCCCGUGAAAUAAAUCCACUAUUUUCAGUCAGAGCUGGUGCCUCCUCUCUUGCUGCAUGCAGGUUGGACUGGAGUAGCGGAACCAACCCCAUGGGCUACCAUGCCCACUGCAUUGGCUACCACUACCCUGCCCCUGCUGCAUCCCUGAGCCUCAGGGGCCAGAGAGUCAGGUGGGGGGCUCCAUGCUCCUCUGCACCUGUCCCUGGCUGUAGCUCAGCCAGCAUGGCUCCUGGGGGCCACUGCACUGGCCAAAGGGUUGGCCCAUUGCUACAGCAGCCCAGCAGGUGUUCAGUGUAUCACCUUCCCCAGCCCCAUGGGAGGGAGAGUGAAAACUGAUGAGUCGAGAGAGGAUUUUCCAGUCCCCUGUCCCUCUUCUUGCUGGAGGAGGGCGUUUGACACCUCAAAUGUCAGUUUAGCUGUGAGCCGAUGCAGCUUUGCAGGUGGGAGUGGGGGAAUGUUAAGCUGCUAGCUGUACAGCUUGGCACACAGAGCCCCAUGGGUCUCGCUAGGUAACGAAGGACCAAGCCUUGAUCUCUUCAGCCCAGAGCAUCAGAGGCCUUUAGGAACCUAAUGCCCAUUGAAAGCAAUUGCAGCUUGGUGCCGAAGGCUACUCUGUGAGGCUCUGGGCCUGCCCUCCUGCAACCAGCUCCCGCCAUGGCUUUGUGCUGCCAAAAUCCCUCAGUUGCGCCGAUCCCCCUUCCAGUAACAGAAGCGGCAGGGCCUGAAGAGGUAGAAACAAUAUUUUAUUUUUUUUCAGAGGUUUUUGUCCAGGUAGUUUCUUCAAGGACCCAGCUGAGCAGAGUGGUGGCCACUCUUGCUACACGUAAUGGCCUUUUUGUGCCGGAAGCAGCUGACCGGACCCUCAGCUUGGAUUUCAAGGGAGUUCUAGCAGCUGUGGAACUGGGCCCAGGCCUGCACAAUGGUUGUACAAGUAGAGGAGGGAGGCAGGUUUCUGUUCCACGAACAGAACUGAGGGGCUUGGCCUUGGAGGGAGCUUAGACUCAAGUCUCCCUUCUCAGAAUUCACAGUUCAGGUGCUGUCACCUCUGGGCAGAACAGAAGUGGGGAGUUACCUCUGCUCAGCCAGGAAAGGGAAUACUCCGUCCUGGCACUAAUCCUU